AUGCUGUUAACGAUGCAAGCGAUCCUUGAAAAAUUUAGGUGCACUACAAGCAACCUGUUUGAGGUGGCAGAGUGACCUGGCUUGCGCGGUUUCAUAUUGAGGUUUUGAGGUUCCUGAUAUCUAGUUGUGUAAAUAAUCACGUAAAUUAUGAUUGUGAAAGUUCUAUUCGUGAAUAUUUUAUGUUAACUCAACUAUCCAAUUGUGUUGAAAUAUUGAUUCGUUAGGCUGUUAAGAUAUUGAAAGGGUAGAAAAGUUGUCCAAAAGGUUUGGAUUGAAAUAGUGUCAUAAUCGAAGCCUGCAAAUGGCUGAAAUCACCUCUGACGUGUUCGAUAUUUUUCAUCCAACUCCAGCUCCACUGAGAGAGUUAUCAGUGAUCGUCAUUAGUCUCGAAAUAUGGCGCUGCGAAAUAAAUAAAUACCGUUCGAGCAAUACGUUGAAAGAGUUUCGUCCAGCUGGUGAACUUAUCUCAUUGAAAACUAUACUCAUUCCUCAUUUGCCAUCUGUGAUUUAUUCUACGAUUGAAAAAUAUGUUGAAAGAUUUGGACUUUCAAUGAAUAACUGGCUACGGAGACAUCAUCUGUCGGUAUUUCAUUUUCAUUACGAUCAUAAAAAUUCUGUUUUGGAAUACUUCGAAGAUUUUGUAUGCGAUUACGACGGAACCAUUCAUUAUGGAAGAACAGCCGAACGUAUGAUGCAUUGUGAUCGAUUUGAUACCGAUCAGAAAUUCUUAAUCGCUUGUGGGUAUUGUUUCAAAGACGAUGUUGUACGAAUUUACCCAUUUAUAGAGAAAAAGAUGAUCAUGCCGUAUGAUAACUUUUUUAAAUACUCUCAACUCGUGUACUGGAUUUUUUUUGCCGGAAAAAAUGUCAAUUUAAGCAGACCUGAUAUAAUAGACGUGUUAUUUGAUUACAUAUUUCGAAAUGGACCAUCUUUGGAAUAUUUUUGGAAUCUUAUUCCAUUGGAAAAUCGUUUGGAAAAAGCUAUCGAUAUUUUUAACUGUGAUUUACCAUCGUUUGUUCGAUUCAUCUUACCCAAAUUGGAUGGUCAACAGCUCAAUGAAUUCCUUUACGACAACGGUUGUGCAUUACUAUAUGCUUUGUUGAAAAAAUCUUGUUAUUAUGAAGAAGUGAUUCUAUCGACAUGGAUUUAUGUUGAAAACGCGAUGAACGAGAUUGCUUUCACAGAACUGGUCGAGAAAAUAAUGAAAUGUGAGUUUGCGGGAGUCUGUGUUAGUUGCGAAUUGGAUCAAGAUGAAUAUAAAUUGGACGAAGAUGAUCAUGUUGACGAUGAUCGCGAUCUUGGUCAUUUUCUUCAAUUAUGUUUUGAAAUAUGGAACACUGCUGCAGAAAAUUUGAAACGUUCGGCUGUUAGACGCAUUACAUAGGUUGAUUGUUUAUUUGAAGACGUAUUCGACGUUAAUGAACUUCCAUCAACCUCGAACGAAUUCAAGUUCUUAUUGGCUGUCCUUUCUCACGCCACCUAUGAGCAGAGAAACGCUUUCUGGCAUAAUUGCUGGAGAUAUUUGAUUUAUAAAACACAGGUCGAAGUUUUACAUAAAAUAAUGCUGCUAUGUUUCCGAGAUGAAGAUGAGAUUACUCAAUUCAAGAAAAACAUCAUGGCCAAUGACGAAGAGGCGCUUGAUUAUUGUAGUAGAUUACUAACCUUGACGUAUUUCGACGAAUUGAAUCAAUUCGCGAGAUUUUUACUACCAGAAAUGCAAGCAACAAGAAAUUUCAAACAGCGAUUACUACGGUCUACUUUUCUCAAUGAUGAAUUCGGUGAUUCUUGCAUCGAGAUCGUCAAGAAACAAAAAGAGUUCGAUGGAUUUAUUAAAGAUGCCUACGACAACGUCGAUCAGUCUACAGACUUUAAAAAUGAGCUAAUGUCGUCACCUUCAGUCCAAACGAGAUUAUCAAUCGAUGCUCUAUCUGUACCCAUAGAACAGUUUAUUGAGUUCAUUGACACUUUUGUCUCGACUGAGCGAAUUCUUCUCGAGUUAAAAACUCGUAUGAUCAAUUUUUUAAAGGAAGAAGUCGCUGAUUAUAAAUCUAAGGAACCGAAAUCGUCGUUCACCUCUCUUUUAUCGUGGUGUUUAGAAGGUAAUGAGGAAGUUUCAAAAUUUGAGUUGAGCUAUUUAUGAUCUAGUUUUGAUGGAAUAAUUACUAUAAUCGCACCCAGUGGAAUGUUUUUUUGUUUAUCGUAAAAUUCGUGUUCUGGGAUGAUCUUGUCGAUCCAUAUUUUCACUUUCGGAUUAUCUAUCUCGUUAUUUUAAAAAAAAUUUUUCGUUUUAUAUAAUUUCAUUUUAUUCUUGUGUAAAUUGUCCAUAUUUUAUACCCACGAGUAUUGUAUUUCAAUCAUGUUAAUCUCAACUAUGCAAACGUAUUAUUGAAUUUGAUUUUCGCCUUCUCAAUAGUUAAUUAUAUACAAGAAUUUUUGCUUUCUCGAAAAAUUUCUGUGAAGAUUACCGUUUUUCUUGCAAAACUCGAAAAAAAACUCGUUUUUUUCACCAAAUUUCCAAUGACCUCAUUUUUUUCAAAACUUUUAAAAAGCUUCAUUUCUUUCAAAAUAUUGUUCGAAAG